AUGGAGCUCAUCUUCCUCACUGGGUUGGCCUUCUGUCUGAUGGGCCUUUCUGGGGAGGCCAGGUUGACCGUGAGACAGCUGACCAAGGAAGAGCCGGGGAGGAGUGGGCCAACCAGAGAACCCCUGCAGCUAGCAUUGGAGCAGCCUGACUUGGGUUCCCGUGAAGGGAUGGUGAAGCCCAUGCUGAAGCAAAAGCACGGAGUGAAGGCUGUGGAUGAAGAGACAGUGGCACCAGGACCUGGCUACCUGAGGGCCAAGAAAACUCCUAAGGUGGGCACUCACAGCCAUGUAGACCUCAGCCAGGCCCAGAGGUCAAGUGGCAAAUCACCCUCUAGGAAUCACAACAAGGGGCCCUCUCGACGCAAGAUCCAUACUGUAAGGUUCCAGGAGCAAGAGGCCAAGCCAAUCUAUCUGAAGAUCGAGAUGGGAAGGAGAAAGGAAGGGAAGAUAGAGGCCUUACCACCAGCCAUUAGCCAAUCCAGGAAAAGCAAGACACUGCCUCAGGAGGUGACUAGCCCCAAGGAAGAGAGGAGGAGCAGGAAGGUAGAAGGUGGUGACUCCAAAAAAGUCAAUCUCAAGAGACAAGAAAUAAAGAAGACCAUCCAAGCCAUCACCUGGCGAUUACAACUGAAGGCAGAAGGCCAGAACAACAGUGACCUGGACAGGAACUGGAAGGACUCAAGGCCUAGCCGUGGUGACGCUCCUCUCCUCCAUCUGCCCAUUAUCUUUCCAUCUCUGGGUCCUCCUGAGGAGAUUAUGCCAUCCCUCCUGGCCACAUGCCACUUGUCUAAGGCCACCAUCUCCUGUGGAAAUGUCAAGAUGAAGGUGAUUCCACCUCUCAAUGACCCAGGCCUGAAAACCCUCUACCUGGCAGAGAAUGAAAUUUCCAAAAUCCCAGCUGAGACCUUCAAAGGCGUGCCUAACCUGGAGUUGCUAGAUCUGAGCAAGAACAAGCUGGACACCCAGGGCCUGCAUCCUGAUGUCUUUAAGGAUCUGACUCGGCUGAAAAGAUUAAACUUGGAUGGAAACUCUCUUUCUGCUGCCCCUGAAUUGCCAGGCUCUCUCCAAGAGCUCAAGGUCAAUGAUAACAUCCUCCAGGGCCUUCUGAGGACCAGUUUCUGUGGACUCACCAAACUGUUGACCCUGGAAGCUGAAGGAAACCAGCUGCAUGAUGGGAACAUCUAUCCUCUGGCCUUCCAGCCUCUGAAAAGCCUGAUGUAUCUGAGACUGGACCGAAACCACCUCCGGGGCAUCCCCCAGGGCCUGCCUGCUUCCCUGCAGGAACUCCACCUUGACACUAAUCACAUCGAAGAAGUGAGUGAGCGUGUACUGAAUAAGACCCAAAGCUUGAGCCUGCUGGUACUAAGCAACAACCGUAUCCAGGAGGACCGCAUUGCCCCCCGAGCAUGGAUCGACCUCCCGAAACUUGAGUCACUGGACCUGUCCCACAACCGCCUGGUCCAUGUGCCCUCCUUUCUGCCUCGUGGGUUGAGACGGCUCACGCUCCAUCACAACCAGAUUGAGCGUAUCCCUGGAUAUGUCUUUGCGCACAUGAAGCCGGGCCUCGAGUUCCUGCACCUUUCUCACAACAGCCUGCGGGAUGAUGGCAUCCAUAGUGUGUCAUUUCUUGGCCUGCACUGGUCCCUGGCGGAGCUGCUUCUGGACAACAACCAACUGCAGGCCAUUCCCCAGGGCAUCCUGGGUCUCAAAGGGUUACAGGUGCUUCGUCUCAGCCACAACAAGAUCAGACACGUGCCUCUGAAUUCUGUCUGUGACACUCGGGUAGCCCAGGACUCAAACCUCAUCUCCAUGCACCUGGAAAACAACCUCAUCGAUAGGCGCCGGAUCCCACCCACAGCCUUCUCCUGUAUCAAGGACUACCAGAGUGUGGUCCUCAAGCCACAGCAGGAUGAGGAAGAGUUUUAGUCUCCCACAACCUAAGCCUCUCUCCUGGGUAUCCUGCCCCUACCUCCCUGCCCCCCACCACCACUAAAAGGGGCCUGCUCUUCCUUUCCUUUCUCCUUCCCUCCCCACCUUUGACCACUCCUAGCCAACCUCGGCCUCGCUCAAUCAGCCAUUAUUGAUUCAAGCUUUUCAUUGAGAAUCAGUGAAUGCUCUCUUUCUGCCACUCAGGGAAAGAAAAUGUUUG